AUGGCCAACCCGCACGUCCUGGUGAUUCCUUUUCCUGUGCAAGGGCACGUAAUUCCCUUGAUGGAGCUUGCACAAUGCUUAGUCGAGCAUGGCUUCAUAAUCACAUUCGUCAAUACUGAAGUCACUCACGAGCGGGUUCUCGAUGCAUUGGCAGAUAAAGGUUUAUUGGAUGAUCGUAUUCGUUUGGUUGCGAUCCCCGAUGGACUGGAAUCAGAGGAGGAAAGGAAGAUCCCUGGGAAGUUAGCCGAGGCCAUCUACAGAGUCAUGCCCGGGAAACUUGAGGAGUUGAUAAGAGAGAUCAAUGCAUCAGAGGAGGAGCCAAUUACUUGUGUCAUUGCAGAUCAGGGUCUUGGGUGGGCUCUGGAAGUUGCAGGGAAGAUGGGAAUCAGACGAGCGGCCUUCUUGACAGCAGCAGCUGCUUCCUUGGUCUUGGGAUUUAGAAUUCCUUGCCUCAUUGAUGAUGGGAUAAUAGACCACGAUGGAACUCCGAUAAAGAAGCAGACGCUGCAGCUUGCACCGACCAUGCCUUUGAUGAAUACAUCAGACUUUGUUUGGGCACGCGUGGCGAACUUGGCUUUGCAGAAAAUCAUUUUUGGAGCCAUGGUUCAAAACAACAGACUUGUGAAGUUGGCGGACUGGCUGAUUUGUAACUCAACUUAUGACCUUGAGCCUGGAGCAUUCGACUUGGCUCCAGAGAUUAAGCCUAUUGGCCCGCUCCUAGCAAGCAACCGCCUGGGGAAUUCAGCAGGGCACUUCUGGAUGGAGGACUCAACCUGUCUGGAAUGGCUCGAUGAGCAACCACCUGGCUCAGUGAUCUAUGUUGCAUUUGGCAGCUUUGCAACAUUUAGCAAACCUCAGUUCGAGGAAUUAGCUCUAGGCCUUGAACUCACUAACAGGCCAUUCCUGUGGGUUCUGAGACAAGAUACGAAAGAUGGGACCAAUGCAACUUAUGUAGAAGGACUUCAACACAAAACAGCAACUCAAGGUCAAAUAGUGAGCUGGGCACCGCAGCAAAAGGUUCUGAGUCAUCCUUCUAUUGCUUGCUUUUUGAGUCAUUGUGGUUGGAACUCCACAGUGGAAAGCGUAAGCAACGGAGUUCCCAUGUUAUGCUGGCCUUACUUUGCUGACCAGUUCUUUAACCAGAGCUAUAUAUGUGAUAUUUGGAAGGUUGGGCUAGGAUUCAAGCGAGACGCAAGUGGGGCAAUCGCACAUGGCGAAAUAAAGAACAAGGUGGAUGAACUGCUAGGUACAAUGACGUUCAAGGAGAGAGCUUUGCAUCUCAAGGAAAGACUGAUGAAUAACAUUGGAGAAGGAGGAAGCUCCCACGAGAAUUUCACCAAUUUUGUUGAUUGGAUGAAAACACAGAAGAGCUCUUGACAUAUCCAAGUCACAAUAUAGUUUUCGGAAUAAUGCCCUCAAAGAUUGAUGAUUUCAACAUCCUCUGUGUAUCGAAUCACAAAAAGUACUGGAAGAUGUGUUUUCUCGAUGCAGUUAAAAUUUAUAAUCUUGUU